GGGUGGAAAGUCGAAAGGUGAAUGAACUUUAAACAAUCGACUGUUUUAACCCCGCUGGCCGAAUUCGGAUGGACUUUACUGACGAUUUUGAAGCCGCCCAAAGACGUUGCUGCUGUUGGAGGACCAAGUGGUCGUGUUUUACUGUUAGAACCAUGUUUGUGCUUUUGUUUUGCGUUUAUCUGGCAUGUCUACCGUUUUACUCGACAGCCAAUAGGAACGACAAGCCUAUCAUCGGCAUCCUGGCACAGGAUCUUUCCACACCUGUAGACAAUCAGACUUCUUACAUCGCUGCCUCUUAUGUCAAGUUCUUGGAGUCUGCAGGGGCCAGAGUGGUCCCAAUUAAGAUCAACCAGCCUGAGGAGGAAUAUAGGAGACUAUUCAAAUCCAUUAAUGGAGUUCUGUACCCUGGAGGAUCAGCCAACAUCACCUCAUCAGGCUACCAAAGAAGUGCGAAGGCCUUCUACGAGAUGGCCAUUGAGGCCAACAAGAGGGGAGAUCACUUCCCCAUUUGGGGCACCUGUCUGGGCUUCGAGCAGCUGUUGUUGCUGACCAGUGGCGUGAACCUGCUGACAGAGACGGACACAAGGGACGUGACCUUACCCCUCAGCUUCACUAAAGAGGCCAAAGACAGCAGAAUGUUCCAAGGCUUCCCGGCUAAACUCAUGGAGUCUUUGGCGUUGGAGAAUCUGACUGAGAACUCUCACCGCUGGAGUUUGGCCGUGAAGGCGUACAACACCACCCAAGCGCUGAAGUCGUUUUACAAAAUUCUCUCCACAAACACAGAUGGAAAAACAGAGUUUUUGUCCACAUUUGAAGCGACUGAUUUCCCAAUUUACGGAACCCAGUGGCACCCGGAGAAGAACGCAUUCGAGUGGAGGAAGCCUCACUUUGCACACGGCCCCUCCGCCGUCCAGGUCACCUUCUUCAUGGCCGAGUUCUUUGUGGGCGAAGCCAGGAAGAGUUUUCACAGCUUUGUGUCAGCGGAUGAGGAGGACCAAGCCCUCAUUUACAACUUUAGUCCGGUUAAAUCUAGUAAGAGCAGUGUCUUCGAGCAAGUAUAUUACUUCUAAGCUAAACGAAAACAACAACUUUUACCAUAGGGCAACGAAUAUAUAAUACUUAUGUCAUUGAUUUAAAAAAAACUACUUAAUUUUGACUUUUUUAGGUGAAAUGUAGCAUUAAUUUUAAGCAAAAGUUACACAUACCAGCGUUUCCCACAUGACCGUUAUCUACCUUUCUUAUCGUUGUGUUUUUUUUAUGCCACAAUCCUGUUAAAACCUGUUCUUCUAUAAAGGCGGGGGACAACAGGGCACAGCAGGACCCGCUGCUCGUUGAGAAGAACGAUGCAUGCUUUCAUGUUAGUCUCUAAAAGUGUCAAAUAGGGAUGGGCCUAAAUCAGGUGUGCCCAUUAGGUUGAUGGCGAAGGGUGUGUCAGUCGAUAGCCUGCCACGCAUUAAAAAAUAGAUCUAAAAAUUAGCGAUCAUCAAUCUUCACUAUGACCUUACUUUUGCCACUUGAUUGACAUUCGUGGCACCCAAGAAUUUCGUGAGAUGACGCUGGCUGCUGCGAACUCAAUAUUAAUUUAAAAACAACCAUCAGGAAGGCGGGAAACACUUUUCAUUUUAACAGACUUUCGCAAUGAACCUGCCGUCAAAAGCCUAAAGACUAACCGCAGUCUGAGCUGUUCCUUGUCAUUUAGUCCUCUUGUAAGACACUAAAGUACCAGACCAAGACCAUAGGACGCACCGGAUUAUAAGGUGCACUGCCGAUGAGCGGGUCAAGUCAGGUCUAUUUUCAUACAAAAGACACACCGGAUUAUAAGGCGCAUUAAAGGAGUCAUAUUAUUAUUUAUUUUUCUAAAUGUAAAACACUUUCUUGUGGUCUACAUAACAUGUAAUGGUGGUUCUUUGGUCAAAAUGUUGCAUAAAUUAUGUUUUACAGACCA